AUGGCACAAGGCCAUUUCAUCCCAUUUUUAGCAUUAGCUCUCAAACUAGAGCAGGAAAAAGGUUAUUCCAUAACCUUCAUCACCACCUCUCUCAAUAUCAUGAAACGCCGACCAUCUAUUCCACCACAUUCCUUCAUUCGUCUUCUUGAAAUUCCUUACGAUUGCACAUUCCACGGCCUCCCUCCCAACACUGAAUCCACCGAGAAUCUGCCACUUUCGCUCUUCAUCCGAUUCCUCGAAUCCACUCCCUCUCUCAAACCAGCCUUCACUAAAAUCAUGUCCAAUCUUUUUCUUGAAGAAAAUUGCUCUAGGCCACCACUUUGUGUCAUUUCAGACAUGUUCUUUUCAUGGACAGCUAAAAUUGCUCAUACAUUUGGAAUUUUUCAUGUUAUAUUCAAUGCUGGUGGAUGUUUUGAACCUAUGCCAUUUCCUCAGACCAUGUUUCAAGAAUGGCUAGAGACCGAUGGAAUGUUGUUUAAUACAGUGGAGGAUAUGGAUUUGAUGGGGUUGGAUUAUUAUAAAAAGCAAUUCCCUUGUCCAAUAUGGACAAUAGGACCAAUUGUUUCAUCAUUUGGUAGCAAAGCAAGAGCUGGAAAAUCAUCAGAAGCAGAAAGUAUUUCAAAGAUUUGUGCAAAUUAUCUUGACUCCAAAUCUCCAAAUUCAGUUCUUUAUGUAGCAUUUGAUUCUCAAUUAAUGAAAGCUCUUACAAAUGGAGUUCCAAUUCUUGGAUGGCCAAUGGGAGUAAAGCAGUCUUUUAAUGCAAAGAUGUUAGAGGAAGAUCUUAAAGUUUGUGUUAGAAUAAUGGCUAGUGGAGUAGUAAUUAGCUCUGAUAUAAAACAUAAGGAGAUAGUGAGGAAAAUUGAGAUUUUAUGA